AAAAGGAAAAAGUACACAUUAAUUUUCCCCUAACCGUCACCAGUCACAACCGUUCUACACACACAAGUCGAAUUCACCGAGAAUAUCUACCCUCUUUAUCCACUAAUUUUAUAGCUGAGCCUAUCGGCCCAUCGUUAUAUAUUCCGAAGCACGGCGGCGUCGCCACCCUAACUCAUCGGCAAUCGUAAUUCACGGCGGAGCAGGUAGAGAAAUGAUGAAGAAUUUGGGAUAAAUUUGCAGACUACAGUGACCUGGAUAUUUCUGACCAAAUAUACUGAAGCACGAUCUAUUGACUAAAGCCAGAAAAUACCUCUUAACAAUCUCAAAAUGAGGAAAGGAUUCUUCGCGAAUUUACCGUUAGAAAUCACCAUUGAUAUCCUGUCAAGACUCCCCCCUAGAGCCGUUAUUAGUUGCAGAUGUGUUUGCAAGUCAUGGCUCGAGCUACUUGACUCUCACGAGUUUGUCAAGUCUCAUCUUUCUAAAUCAGUCCCAGGGAUGGCUGUUGUGCGGUCUGGUGUGGAGUCUAACUCGUAUGAAAUUUUUGAAUUCAAAGACAGCCUCGGUCUUGAACCCCAUCAUCUCCGCUACAGUUCAGUCACCAAGUUUGUCUUCCCUCAUGCUGAAGUGAUACGGGGUUCGGCCAACGGGUUGCUUUUUCUGACCGGCGACCAACCUUGUGAUCUUUAUGUAUGCAACCCUAUAACACGACACUAUAUCAAGCUCCGUCCAGAUCUAGACUCUGUCUACUCUUUAUCACAAAUAGUUGCUUAUGGGUUUGGAGUGACCAAAUUGACUGGCCAACAUAAGGUGGUGAGGAUUGUCUACGACUAUGAUCUAGAAACAGAGGAUUCGCUGAGAGUUACCAAGUCCCAUUGUGAGGUGUACACUCUUGGAACACGAACAUGGAGAAGCAUCAUACCCGGUGCUCUGCUAAUGUACGAUACGUUUGGGAUAUUUCUUAAUGGAAAUCUUCAUUGGUUGGUGGUAGAUCCAAAUGCCCCAUCACAAAUUUCUUGCCUUGAUCUUGAAACAGAGCUUUUCAGCACCUUUUCUCAUCCCCCUCUUUUGGCAAGUGGAGGGUUUGUUGGGAACUUGUCGGCUUUGGCGGGUAGUCUAUGCUUAUGUGAUAAUUCAUCUGAAGACAAAAUUGUCAUCUGGGUGAUGAGGGAAUAUGGGGUCGAGACAUCUUGGACAAAGGAGUACGUUAUCAGCAAAGAUCCUGACCUUUGUGGAGCUUAUGUGCUUGUUUUCCCUAUCAAAGUUUUCGAAGAUGGUGACAUCUUGAUGGAAUGUGAAGACUUCCUCCUGUUCUACUACUCCGACAAGACUAAAACUACGAAGAAGAUCAAAAUGUUUGAAGCUCGUGGUGGAAAUCAUUCACGUAUCGAUGCAAUCCUCCACACCCCAAGCUUUCUAUCGAUGAAAAGUUUUGGAAUGGAAGACGUAAAUUCAUUCUAAUUGCGAAGCUUCUUCUAGGACCAACUUUCACAGAGGACUAUGAGCUUUUUACUGAAUAUUGGUAUAUGCCUAUAUGUUCUUCUAAUAUGAUCAGACUUCGUGCUGCAGCGAGCUGCUUUCUUUUUGGUUGCAAUGUAGCAGAUCAACAAUCUAAAACCAGUGUAUCUUAUUUUUUGCAUGUAGCCUUGUCUACUAAUAUUAUGUAAAGACUGUCUUGUGAGAUAUAUAUGUGUUUCUCAGCUA